AUGUUCCAUGAAGUAGACGUUGGCGACCAGAUACUUACUAACAGUAUCUGUACGCAGAGAGCUUAUACUGAUGUUCAAACUCAGUUCAAGAUCACGCACAAGCGAUACUUGGACCGUCUAUUACAUCAGGUCGAGGCGACACGGGAUGGCAACGGUCAGCCUCGGACGGAGGAGGACUACAUUAGAAUACGUAGGAGGACUGUUGGUGGAUAUCCAUGCAUCAGUCUCAUCGCCUAUGCCCACAACGUAAACUUGUCGCAGGAGGCAUUUGAGCACGCUUCUGUUCAGGAAUGCAUAGCUGUAGGCUGUGACCUUGCCUGGAUCCACAACGAUAUCGUCUCAUACAAGAAAAACGUCAAGUCAGGUAUUGAGCACAACUUUGUCACAGUCCUGAAGAAGAACGGCUUCACUACUCAACAAGCCAUGGAUAGAGCAGGUGAACUCCAGGAUGAGUGUUAUCGCCGAUGGUACCUCUCUCUGGCAAGCAUGCCUAUCUGGGGUGAGUCUAUUGACCGUGAAGUGUUGAGAUAUAUCGAGGCAUGCCAUAGCUUCCCUCUCGAUGACCUGCUUUGGAGCUUCCAAACAGGGCGAUAUUUGGGAGCCACGGAGGGAUACAAGUUGCAUGAGACGAGGGUUUUAGACCUGUCGGACUUGGAGCCUAUCGCUGUGUGA